UUUGUGCACAACUUUGCUUUUCAGCAACGCAAGCUAUAGUUUCAAAAGCGCAUUGCAUAUGCUCCCAAAUUGAGCUGCAGCAGGAGGAAAAGCCUCUCGCUUUCAGACCGUGAUCACUUACCAUCCUCACAAAUAUAUAUACAAACCAAACUAAAGCUUCAAAUCCACACCAAACACAAACACAAAACCUCACAAAUUUCGCCAAGUCGCGGCACACGUCACGGACACGUACACAGAAGGAAAGAAAAGGGUUGCAGCGAUGGAUGAGCUCCGUGCUCCGGCGUGCGGCGGCGGCGUCGGGACGGUGAUCGAGGACCUUCCGACGGACGUCCUCGCGCUCGUGCUCCGGCGGCUCGACGGCGCGUCGCUGGCGGCGGUGGGGUGCGCGUGCUCCAGCUUCCGCGAGCUCGCCGUCGACCAGGAGACGUGGCGCGGCCUCUGCCUCGCCCUGUGGCCGUCGGUUCGCGACGUGCUCGGCUGCGGCGGCGGCGGCGGCGGAGACGGGUACCGUGCGUUCUUCGCCGACGCGUUCCCGUUCCCGGAGGCAGCGGCGGCGGUGGCGUCGGCGGCGCCGGCGCCGGUGCCCGGGUCCCUCCCAUCACGCCUCGUCUCCGCCGUUGACCUGCACCACGGCGGCGUCUGCAUCAUGUCGCGCGUCGUGGAGACGGACACCUCGUCGGCGUGGUUCCUGGGCUCGCCGUUCCGCGUCGACGCGCUCGUCCAGGAGGGCUUCUCGGCGCCGUCGCCGAUCACGCCGAGCUCGCUGACGCUGAGCUGGAUACUCAUCGACCCCGCGUCCGGCCGCGCCAUGAACGCCUCGAGCCGACGCCCGGUGGCCGUCGACCGGAAGUGGCUCACCGGGGAGACGGUGGCGCGGUUCACCGUGAUGCUCGGCGGCGGCGUCGCCCUCGACGCGGCCGUCACCUGCGACGACAGGUACGGGCACGUCAGGGAGGUGAGCCUGUGCGUCGAGGACGGCGAGGGCGGCGGCGUGAGCGGCCAGGACGGGCUGGGCGCGGUGGCCGCGGCCAUGGCGGGCGCGCGGCGGGGCAAGGGCGCGGAGGCGGCGGCGAGGCAGCGGUACGAGGAGUUCGUGAAGGGGAAGAGGGCGAGGAAGGAGUGGAAGGCGAGGCGUGAGGGCAUCGUCGACCUCUGCUGCUCCGGCGUCGGCGCGGCGGCGUUCGUCGGCUUCCUCGUCAUGCUCACCUUCCGGUGAUCAUGCGGCGGCGUCCGGCGAGCGGCGGGGCAGGCAUAACGGCAUAAGCAGCGUACGUAGCUGGGUACCGUACAAUUUCGUUGAGAAUGGCAAGAAAUGUAAAUAUGAUAAAAGUGGUACUAGUGUCGUAGGAACUGUUAUCACAAAAUUGGCUAAAUUGAUAGUAACAAAUUUUUCCUGUUUGCUAUUAAUGCCUGGAGAGAUAUUUGAGACA